AGACAGGUACAUGGAUAGGACAGGUUUUGAGGGAUAUGGACCAAAUGCAAGCAGGUGGGGGACUAGUGCAGCUGGGACAUGUUGGCCGGUGUGGUCAAGUUGGGCCGAAGGGCCUGUAUCCACACUGUAUGACUCUAUGACUCACUCUAAAUGCUGACUGACGUUGUGGGGAUUUCUAGCAUUUCCUGGUUUAUUUCAGACUUACACUAUCAUAUGUGCUUUUCUUUGAAAGGGUCUGGAGAUACAUAUAAUCAAACUCGGGCAAACUUUGUACCCCCCUCAUAUCAGUGAAAAAACACUUUGGUGACACAUUGAGAGUUUUGUAGGGUUAAUUGACAUUGAAUUUAAAUAUUUCAAUGACCUUACUGGGCUUUCUACACACAUUUAACAACACCAAAACCUGUGUGUACAUGGCCUGGAUGCUUCACAGAAGUGUUAGCAAACAUUGACACUAAAUCAUACUUGUUAGUGAAGUUAGAGAUUGUCGGGGUCCAGGCUGCUGACAGCUGCAAUGGAGAGUUUAAAUUCAGGAUUGCACAAGUUGCUGGAAUUGGAAGAACAUCACGGAUUGCAGAAUUGGAAGAGAUCACAGAGAUAAGGAGGAUUGAGCCCACUGGGGGAUUUGGAAACAAGGUGCUUAGGAAUUCAGACUUUGCUGGACAUGAACCAAUUCAGAUCAUCAAGCACAGAACAAUAUAUGAUUGGGAUUUGGUGCAAAGUGCCAUUGCCCCAUGCUCAGGGAAAGCCCAGGAACCUAUUUUGUUGCUCGACAAAUGAGGCAAUGGUUUAUUUACUUUUCAAAACUUGUAUGAAUAAUCUGAACUCUGCCUCUUUGUACUUACGCAUCUUGGUGUCAAGGUGACGUGUCAGGGAGUACAUUAAGCUUUUUAUCCCUGUACUUCAAACCAUGUACGGUGAAGUCACGCCCAGUCGCUUGGAAGGAUCGGUUUUAUUGCAGCUUAUAUAAAAAUUGAACCAUACGUUUCUCUCAGCUCAGUGAGCUGCAGAAGGCAGACCCAACAGAGGCGAAAUGGGCAAUACUCACACAACUGCUCAAUACCAUGUGCACUUCAGUGAAGAGGAUGAUGCCAAGAAGAUCAGAAAGGCGUGCAAAGGAGCAGGAACAGAUGAAGUUGCAAUUAUUAAAGUUCUAGCGAGUAACUCUUCUGAACAGAGGCAGAAAAUAAAAGAGAAGUACAGGAUUCUGUAUGGAAAAGAUCUUGAGAAAGCACUUCGAGAAGACCUCAGUGGGGACGUAUUAAAGACACUAUUGGCUAUGUUAGAUCAGCCCGGCUACUUUGAUGCCAAGUUGCUGAACAAGGCAAUGAAAGGAGCUGGAACAGAUGAAGAUAUCCUCAUCGAACUUCUCUGCACACGAGCCAAUUCACAAAUUAUUGCCACAAAAGAAGCAUACAAACAAUUGUUCUCGUCUGAACUGGUUAAUGAUAUUCAAGGUGACACAAAUGGAACUCUACAGAAGUUGCUGAUCUCACUGCUUGAGGCCAACCGUGAUGAGGGAUUUGGGGUAAAUCAAGACCUGGCUGAACAAGAUGCCAAAAAACUAUUUGAGGCUGGAGAAAAUCGUUGGGGCACAGAUGAAAUGGCAUUUACUAAUGUUUUAACCAAGAAGAAUAGUAUGCAGCUGAGAGCUACCUUCAAAGCUUAUGAGACACUCCAUGGCUCAGGCAUCGAGGAGGUGAUCAAAAAGGAAACAUCUGGUGAUAUGGAAAAGGCUUAUCUGACAAUCGUUCAAUGUACCAAGGACUGCCAAGCCUAUUUUGCAAAGGUGCUACAUGAAGCGAUGAAAGGUGUGGGGACAAGUGAGGACAUACUGAUUCGCAUCCUGGUCUCUCGUUCAGAGAUUGAUCUUCCGUCCAUUAAGGAGAGUUACCAGGAGAUGUACAAGAAAACUUUGGCUGAUGAAAUCAAGUCUGAGACUUCCGGAUCUUUCCAAAAGGUUCUGCUGGCCUUGGUAAAAUAAGAACAGGGGGAUGGUCAUAAUCGAAAAAAACAUGUUGUUCCAAAUCGUGGUCUAUUUGACAUUCGAAGACUUAUUUUUGCCCCAAGCAUGGGCUCGAACCAGAAUGUAAGGGAGCAAUCUAAUUCCUUCUGUUCUUCAUGGUGUUGUGUGAACUGAGGCCUGGCUGCCUGGCAACCAUACAUCAAGCAAAUUGGAAAUUAGAAUACAGCAUCACAUGGGUAUUAAACAUGUUCUUUAAGUCUAAAGAGAUUCAAAGGUUCAAAGAUUCAACUUUAAUUGUCAUUGUGUAAUGUACAGUACAGAGACAACGAAAUGCAGUUAGCAUCUCCCUAGAAGAGCGACAUAGAAUAUGAGCAAUAAAUAAAUAUAUUUACGUGCAUACAGUCAUAGUGUUUUUCCUGGUGGGAGGAGUGUCGGGGGGCAAUCACCGAGGUACGUUGUUGAGUAGAGUGACAGCCGCAGGGAAGAAGCAGUUCCUGGACC